AUCGGCUUAUGCUCCAACUUGGCGGGAAAAAAAGAAUUUCGAAUUCGAAUUCUUAGGGCUUUUGUUUACAAAUUUAAAAAAAACAUAAAUCAUAGAAUUUCAUCACAAGUACAACACAAUAAAAGAAAACAGAUAAUACAAAUAAAUAUUGUUUAAAAUUUUGAUCUUUAUAAUUUGUGAAUCUUAUACAUUUCCCAAAAACUAUCUUUAAUUUAUUGAAUCUUCCUCCAAAAAAGCCAAAAUGACAGAGAAACGCUUAAGUCCGGACGAGAUUUCGUUAAACACAGAAGAUAACAAUAAUUCAGAAAACUUAAAGCCCAAAGUUGAGAAAGCUGAUGUUGAGAAUCCACCUAAAAGACGCAGCACCCGAGUAACGCGUAGCCAGCGCUCGCUUGUUGAUGGCACUCCCUCUCCUGAAAAACCCAAAGAGAAGUUUUCGUUUAUCAAUUAUAAAGGUGCAAUCAAAUACUGUACUGAUAGAAUAGACAUUGCUGCAACAUCCGAUGAGCUUAUUGAUAUACGAAAGCUGAAGAGAGAUUUUCCAGAAGUAACAGUGGACACUCUCCUCGAAAACUACAUUGAUCUUGGUCCGUGGUGCAAUGAAGUGUGCAAUACUGGCGGGCGAUGGAGUCUUGAAAGAUUGGCUAACUAUGUUUGUCAAAAAGCUAUUGAUAAGAACAAGAAGGUUCGUAUGAGCAAAUGGCAUAUUGUUCCACUAGACAGUGAUCAGAAAAUGUAUGCUGCUAUCGAUGUUUAUAUCGGUCAACUCAUAUACCGGGAACUUGAACGAAGAGAAAUAUUAAAAAAGAAAAAUACAGAAGAAUUUCUAGAAAAAAAUGGUGAAGCUGCAUUGAAAGCAGUCAAGGCUCUUGGAGAAAAUUUCGUUUAAAAUAUUUAAAUCUCAAAAUUGAAUGUUUACAAUAUAAGUUAAUUAAAUAUUAUACAAAUGUUGGUUAAAACUGUA